AUGCUGGAAGCCAAGACAAUAGCCUUGAAUAAAUGGAGGAAAGUAGAUGUGGCCAUCAAGGUGACCAAAGCCGAGAAGAAACAGACGACUUCGCUGGGGAGUCGGAUAAAACCUCUCUCAUGUGGGCUUGCGAUUCUCUCUGUCUAUGACGAUGGAUCUGUCUUAAGCCCAGAAGUAUUCAACCUCAUGGAGGAUGACCUCGUUGACAAGUUUGCAACUAGUGUUUCUAUGAUUGCUUCGCUAUCCUCCACUCUCUCUUACCCAACCCUUGCAGCGGCGCAUCACAUGUUCGUCAAUACCUACAAGAACGUCCUUGCUGUUGCUGUUGUUCCUAUUGCAUCUGCUAAGAAUGAUUGUUGUUCCUGCCUCCAAUGA